AUGGACACACCAAAAGCCACUCUGGACACCAUGCCAAGAGUGAUGACUGUGAAGGAAGAAGCCAAAGUGGACACCAAGCCAAAAGACACAGUGGACACCACGUCAAGAGCGAUAGUGACCAUGAAGGAAGGAGCCACAGCAGACAUCAUGCUAGGAGACAUAGUGACCACAAAGGAAGGAGCCACAGAGAACAUCACACUAGGAGCCAUAGUGACCACGAAAGGAGCCACAGUGGACACCAUGCCAGGACCCAUAGUGACCAUGAAAGGACCUACAAAGAACACCACACCAGGAGCCAUUGUAACCAUGAAGGAAAAAGCUACAGAGGACACCAUGCCAGGAGCCAUAGUGAUCAUGAAGGAAGAAGCCAUGGUGGUCAUCAUGUCAGGAGUCAUAGUGACCAAGAAGGAAGAAGCCACAGUGGACACCAUGCCAGGAGGCAUAGUGAUCAUGAAGGAAGGAGCCACAGUGGACACCAUACCAGGAGGUAUAGUGACCAUGAAGGAAGGAGCUACAGUGGACACCAUGCCAGGACCCAUAGUGACCACGAAGGAAGGAGCCACAGUGGACACCAUGCCAGGAGCCAUAGUGACCAUGAAGGAAGGAGCCACAGUGGACACCAUGCCAGGACCCAUAGUGAUCAUGAAGGAAGGAGCCACAGUGGACAUCAUGCCAGGACCCAUAGUGAUCAUGAAGGAAGGAGCCACAGUGGAUACCAUACUAGGACCCAUAGUGAUCAUGAAGGAAGGAGCCACAGUGGACACCAUGCCAGGAGCCAUAGUGACCACGAAGGAAGGAGCCACAGUGGACACCAUCCCAGGAGCCAUAGUGACCACGAAGGAAGGAGUCACAGUGGACACCAUGCCAGGAGCCAUAGUGACCACGAAGGAAGGAGUCACAGUGGACACCAUGCCAGGAGCCAUAGUGACCACGAAGGAAGGAGCCACAGUGGACACCAUGCCAGGAGCCAUAGUGACCACGAAGGAAGGAGCCACAGUGGACACCAUCCCAGGAGCCAUAGUGACCACGAAGGAAGGAGCCACAGUGGACACCAUGCCAGGAGCCAUAGUGACCACGAAGGAAGGAGUCACAGUGGACACCAUGCCAGGAGCCAUAGUGACCACGAAGGAAGGAGCCACAGUGGACACCAUGCCACAAGACACAGUGACCACGAAGGAAGGAGUCACAGUGGACACCAUGCCAAGAGCCAUAGUGACCACGAAGGAAAGAGUCACAGUGGACACCAUGCCAGAAGACACAGUGACCAAGAAGGAAGGAGCCGCAGUGGACACCAUCCCAGGAGCCAUAGUGAUCAUGAAGGAAGGAGCCACAGUGGACACCAUGCCACAAGACACAGUGACCACGAAGGAAGGAGUCACAGUGGACACCAUGUCAGGAGACAUAGUGACGCUGGAGGAAUAA